CAACAGAACACACAUCUACAACAGAACCAUCAACUACAACCACUGCGCCUAUUACAACAACAACAGAACAUGUAUCUACGACUACUGCCCCUGUUACAGAAACACAACUGACAAGUACAGCUGUCCUAACAUCUACAAGUCCUUUGACGUCUACAACAGAACAAACAACAACUACUGCCCCUGUUACAGAAACAGGCUCAUCUACAACUACAACCACAGUCUUAACUAGUACACAACCUAUUACUGCAACUACUGCUUCCUUCACAACUAUAACACAAUCAGAAACAACAACCACACCAAUAACAGCCACCAUUACCUCUGCACCUACAACAUCACCAACAGUUCAACCUACAACCACCGCACCAACUGCAGGCACCCCUCAAGCAACAACCCAAAUCACAUCUACAGUUUUAGUUAGGAUUUCCAGCUCGGAUCAAUUUACAAAUGAAUUGUUAGAUUCAACUUCACAAGGAUAUAGAACGAGAGUCAACAAAGUCGAAGAGCUUGACCCAGUCUUUAAAAGAAAAUAUGGCAAUUCAUACAUCAGAUUGGCAGUUAUUAGGUUCAGUCCUGGAUCAAUCCUCGCUGAUGUAAAUGUAACAUUUACAACUGUACCCACUAAUGAGGACAUAAUCAGCACUAUCACCACUGCAAACCUUACUUUUCCUGUCACCGGAGCAGAGGUAAAUCCAACUACCAUACCAACUACAACCACAACCACAGGGUCAACUACAGCCGUUCCUACUACAGUGACAACUACAGCCAUUCCUACUACAGUGACAACUACAGCCAUUCCUACUACAGUGAAAACUACAGCCAUUCCUACUACAGUGACAACUACAGCCAUUCCUACAACAGUGACAACUACAGCCAUUCCUACUACAACACCUACUACAGUGACAACUACAGCCAUUCCUACAACAGUGACAACUACAGCCAUUCCUACUACAACACCUACUACAGUGACAACUACAGCCAUUCCUACUACAACACCUACUACAACAACAGCGAUGACUACAGUCAUUCCUACUACCACACCUAUUACAAAAGCGACGACUACAGUCAUUCCUACUACAACAACAACUACAACCACAGCCACACCAGCAACAACAACGACAACAACAACAACAACAACGACAACUACACCACGAACAACAACGACAACUACAACAACUACACAACCAACAACAACAACAACAACAACAACAUUAGUACCAACACGUCCUCCUCCAGUUGUAGCCAUUCAGGUUGUCCUUGUAGUGGUAUAUGUUCAAGAGUUAGCAAACCCAGCAACCCCGGAAUUUAAGAACCUCGCCACCAAAGUAGAGAAAGAAUUUGAUGAAAUCUACAGAGCCCAGUUUGGGCCUCGUUUCCUCAGGACCGUCGUCAAAGCUUUCAUAGCUAUUACCAAAACCCGUGCAGACCAAAAUGUCCAGGCACAGGUUGAUAUUAUAUUCAAUCAAGCAUCCACUGAACCUGUUCCCACCAGCACUGCCGUUGUAAAUACCCUGAAAGAAGCAGCGGCAAAUCCUAGCUCAGGCUUGAACCUCACCGUCGACGUCGCCACUAUUAGUGUCAUCAAGUCAGUGCAGUUAAUCCCAUUGACGAUCCUGACCAAUGGAACCUUUGUGGCUGCUUUCUCAAACACAAGUUCUGCUGAGUUCCAGAGCAGGGCAUCGUUGUUAAAAACAGAGCUUGAACCUUUCUUUAUUGCCGACUACCCUGGAAAUUUCAGCGUGUUAACCUUAACUAAACUCAGUAGUGUCAGUAGUGUGGUAAAAGCAGGGAGUGUGGCCACAAUCCAAAAUACCAUGGAUGUCACAUUCGUAGCAGAAGCAACUCUACCUAAUGCCACCCAGAUAGUGAACACUGUAGUUCGAGCAGCCAAGAACAACACGAUAUCCUUCCAGAUCUUCACAAAUCAAAUCAUAGUGAAUAACACAGCGUAUUCAUCAGCUGAAGUCAGUCAAAAGAUCAGUGUGCUGGUCGCUUUACUCCUGGCGGCGGUGUCUCUUCUGCUUCCCCAACUUCAUUGAUCGUAACUACAGCACACAUGAUCAAGUGAAGGACUCAAAUGUAAAUCUACUGAUGCUACAGUGCUUGAUGAGUAGUAAUGAAUGUUACAUUUGACGUAAUCAUACACUGAAAACUUCAAAGCAAACGAUCAUAGGAUGACGUUUCUAAAGCCAGCAUGAUGCACUUGUGUUGCUUUCUCUAUCAGUUAAUGUAUUUUUCCAGGAUGGUUACAUUUAGCAAUCAAAAUAUCUGUUCAUCAACCUAAUUUCCGUGUUUUGUGAUUCAAAAAUGUUUAUUUGCGCUUGUGAAUUGCAUUAUGGGAUGUCGAUCUCUGUCUCCUUUUGAUGUCGUAAAUUCAAAUCUACAGUUUAACAAAGGGACUUUUAUUGACAUUUUAGACGUUUGAAAAUGCUCAUAAAAGUCACUUUAUGCAACUUUUCAAGGUUAAAAGUGGUUAGAAGAAAGUUUAAGGUCCCAUAAUGCAAUUAAAAAGCAGAAAUAAACUAAAAAAAAAUUAUAUAAACAUGAAUCACUAAAUACAGACAACUGCCAAUUUGCGGAUAUUUCGUGCAGUCUAUAAAUAAAUGCAGAGUGAUGGAUAAUGAUGCAUAAUUUGUUGAUUUUCCAGAAAUGAGAUUAGAUCUGCAAUUAUUAUUUUUUUAUGCUGAACUAAUUGAAGUAAUCAGUCAAAUUUUUUAUCUCGCAUGCCUGUGGAUCCUUUGAAAUGCAUCGUAACUUCUCUAAAAGCAAACCCAUGUUAUGGAAAAUGUUAAAGGUCAUCUUUAUGCUGGCUGUCUUUGAAAAGCCAGGAACUGUCUUUGAUUAACAAACGGAAUGAAGUUUUUCAGUGAUUAUGAAACCCGUAAAACAACUUGUGAGAAUGCUAUAGUCACAGGAUAUGACAUCAGAAAUAUCUGGGGUAAAUAAAGCCUAUGAAUAAAAUAAGGUCUAUGAAAACCUGUGCAACUUAUUUAAUGAAACUUCAGCAAGUAGCUAGUAUUUAGUUUUUGUGUAAAUGUUAUAAAGUUUUGAGUAUUUCUAAAUUAUUUAUUCAAAAAAAAAUCUAUUUUUCUGAUUAUUUAAACAUCAAAAGUGUCACCAAAAGAAUCACUCAUUCUAAACCUAGAGGGCUUUUCUGUGAGUUCAUGUAUCACAUGUAUUAUUGUUGCUCAUGUUGGAUGUGGUAUUGUUUUAUUUCUGUAAUAUUUAAUCAGUUAGAUAAGUUGAAGGAUGUAUUUAUCACAAUGUCAUAAUAAGAGACUUAUUGUUGUAUCAAGACAUGUUUGUAAAUUGGUGGCACAACUAGGAUUAUAAGUGAUGAAUAAAUAAAUAUUUUUAAUUCCU